CUUUUUAUCUCCUCACGCUUCUCAUUUUUUUGGAAGCGUAUUUCUCUCUCUGUCUUGUAACCCUAGAGAAAAAGGGAGAAAUCCUUGGAGGUGGAAGUAAUUUGUGUCCACUUAUUUUUUCUUAUUUAUUUUAAGGUCUUCAAUUUUUGCUGUCAGAUCGACAUCGUCAGUGGUCAUUGGAGACUGAAGUUUGAGAUGGCCGUUGUAACUGCAUCUUCCGCUGGUCCAAGUUAUGCGCCAGAAGACCCUACCCUCCCCAAACCAUGGAAAGGCCUAGUUGAUGGUACCACUGGAUUCAUCUACUUCUGGAAUCCAGAGACCAACGAUACCCAAUAUGAGAGGCCUGUUCCCUCUUCCCAUGCAGUGUCUGCUCCAGCACAUAAGUCAUCUGUAUUUGUAAGUUCAUCUGUUGAAAAGCCUUCUCAAGGUCAACGCUAUGAUGCAGACGGUGGACACAACAGAGGUAGCAAUAACAAGAUUGCAAGAAGCAGUUCUGAUCGUUUUCAUGAUGGAACAUCUGUCCAUGAAGGCUAUGGUUCUCUAGGUGUAGGAAGUGACAUAUCUCAAGAAUCCUACUGCCGCCGCAAUGAAAUCUCUGUUACGGGAGGUGAUGUUCCUGCACCUUUGACAUCAUUUGAAGCGACUGGGUUUCCUUCAGAGAUUGUGAGGGAGAUGCAUCAAGCUGGGUUUUCGGCUCCUACUCCAAUACAGGCACAAUCCUGGCCCAUUGCCCUUCAGGGCCGUGAUAUAGUGGCUAUUGCGAAGACUGGGUCUGGCAAAACUCUGGGUUACUUGAUGCCUGCCUUUAUUCAUCUACAACAGCGUCGCAAGAAUCCUCAAUUAGGCCCAACUAUUUUGGUACUAUCACCAACAAGAGAAUUAGCCACACAGAUACAAGCUGAAGCAGUGAAGUUUGGGAAAUCGUCAAGGAUAUCUUGCACGUGUCUGUAUGGAGGUGCACCAAAAGGUCCUCAACUACGGGAGCUUAGUAGGGGUGUAGAUAUUGUUGUCGCCACUCCUGGUCGUUUGAACGACAUCUUGGAGAUGAGAAGAGUUAGCCUUGGUCAAGUUUCUUACUUGGUGUUAGAUGAAGCGGAUCGUAUGUUGGACAUGGGAUUUGAACCUCAGAUAAGGAAGAUUGUGAAGGAGGUGCCUGUGCAGAGGCAAACAUUGAUGUAUACAGCUACAUGGCCGAAGGGGGUUCGUAAGAUUGCUGCUGAUCUAUUGGUUAAUUCAGUUCAAGUUAAUAUUGGAAAUGUUGACGAGCUUGUUGCAAACAAGUCUAUCACGCAGCACAUUGAAGUCGUGCUGCCGAUGGAGAAACAACGGCGAGUAGAACAAAUCUUGAGAUCCAAAGAACCAGGGUCAAAAAUCAUUAUUUUCUGUUCAACAAAGAAAAUGUGCGACCAACUAUCUCGCAAUCUUACUCGCAAUUUUGGAGCAGCUGCAAUUCAUGGGGAUAAAUCUCAGGGUGAGAGGGAUUAUGUAUUAAGCCAGUUUCGUGCAGGCAGGUCUCCUGUGCUUGUGGCUACUGAUGUUGCUGCCCGGGGUUUGGACAUCAAAGAUAUCAGGGUGGUGAUAAACUAUGACUUCCCAACUGGAAUAGAAGAUUAUGUUCACAGAAUUGGUAGAACAGGCCGGGCAGGAGCAUCUGGUCUGGCCUACACAUUUUUCUCCGACCAGGAUUCUAAGCAUGCUUUAGAUCUUGUUAAAGUUUUAGAAGGUGCAAAUCAAUGUGUGCCAACUGAGCUACGUGAUAUGGCUUCUCGCGGUGGUGGUAUGGGAAGGGCUAGGAAUCACUGGGGUUCUGGCCCAGGUGGACGUGGAGGACGUGGUGGACCCUAUAAUUCCAGCUAUGUUGGACGGAAUGGAGGACAUGGUUAUGACCGGGGAUCACGUGACAGUGACAGAUAUGGUCAUGGUACCUACAAUGCGGAUGCUCCACGGAAGCGCAGUCGUAGCAGAAGCCCCAAUAUAGGUUCAGGAUGGAGUGGUAAAAAGAGCCGAUUUACUGAUUGAUUUGAUCAGGUUCUUCUGUGUAAUAGUGAGCCAUUUGCUAAUGGAUCUCAUUUGGUUAGAAGAGUAACAAGGCAUGAUCCGUUAGUAAGUAUACUGGGCUUCAGAGUGAACUGUAGGUGUAUUGUUUUUUAUUAUAUCCAUGAUAUUUGUCCAGUUGGCUCUAGUGCCUGCUGGCCGCCUCAUUUGCUUUUCGGGAUUAACUGAAAGAAAGAGGACCCUGUCUUCUGGUUAAACCAUCAAUAGUAGUACUUCAUUCUGGCAAUUUUUUCUGAGCUUGUUAGACUGUGUUCUUGAAAGAAUCAUGGUACCUCAAGUGUAGAAAAAUGAAAAUGUUACAUGAGCGCACACAACAGUGGAAAAGUUUCAAUGUAUGUAAACGUAAACAGUGUUAAUGUUGGUUUAUAAUUCUUAUCGUGCAUUACUCAAGUGCAUGUGUAGAGGAGA